UUCAUAGCGUAAGAGUGGAAUGAGGCUGAAAAAGAAGCCUGGUUAGCAUCGGAGAUCGAAUCAUCGAGCUUCCCAUAAACUUCGUUGUUUGUUAUUUUCUCAUGGGGGCGAGGAAAAUAUGAUUGAAGUUCAUGCACACCAACUCAGCAUCCUUGUCUCUGAUCAUUCAUCAGAAACACAAUACUUCGAUUCUUAUCAGUCACCUGCUCAAUACCAGUAAAACCAUCGAUCAUCUACGACAAACCCAAGUUCUUCUGCUUAAACACCUCAUAACACCCCAUCACUACCAAUACUUCGCAGGUCGUCUUCUCCUCCGAAUCCUCAAGUGUCCCGAUGAUAAUCUUCGUUAUGCCUCCCAAGUGUUUGAUCACAUACCCAGUUGCAAAAAUGGCUUCCUCUGGACAUCACUCAUUCGUAAAUACGCACUUCAUCACCAUUUUCACCGUUCCAUUUCUCUGUAUGCUAGAAUGCACCAAAAUGGGGUCUUGCCAUCAGGGUUCACCUUCACUUCUGUCCUUAAUGCUUGCGGCCGAGUCCCGGCUAUUUCUGAAGGAAAUCAAGUGCACUCGAGAGUUUUGCAAUCUGGGUUAUAUAAUAACAAGAUUGUGCAAACUGCCAUUCUUGAUAUGUACGCGAAAUGUGGGUUGUUGUCUGAUGCACGAGUAGUGUUUGAUGAAAUGGGUGAGAGAGAUGUUGUUGCCUGGACUGCUAUGAUUUGUGCGUAUACAAAGGUGGGAAUGAUGGUUGACGCAAUGUGCUUGUUUGAGAACAUGGAGGAAAGGAAUUCAUUUACUUGGACCACUAUGGUUGCCGGGUAUGCAAAUAAUGGUGAUAUGAAAUCUGCGAAGGAAUUGUUUGAUAUGAUGAAGGAGAAAAAUAUUGUCACAUGGGUUGCAAUGAUUGCUGGUUUUGGGAAAUGUGGUGAUGUGAGGGAAGCAAGAAGGGUGUUUGAUGAGAUACCAGUGCCAGAUGCCUCAAGUUUUGCAGCAAUGGUGGCUUGUUAUGCCCAAAAUGGUUUUGCAAAGGAAGCUAUUAAGAUGUAUAACAACAUGAGAGAAAGAAAGAUUAGAGUCAGUGUUGUGGCUGUGGUGGGAGCUAUAUCAGCUUGUGCACAACUUAGAGAUGUUCAUUUGUCAAGGACAUUAACCAACCAACUUGAAGAGGAUUGCUCUGAUAGGACGCUUGCUAUAUCAAAUGCAUUGAUCCACAUGCAUUCAAAGUGUGGAAACAUAGGCUUGGCCUGGAGGGAAUUCAAUAGAAUAAGCAAUAGAGAUGUGAUCUCUUACAGUGCAUUAAUCACGGCCCUGGCUGAGCACGGGAAAUCACAAGAUGCAUUAGAUCUUUUCUCAAGGAUGCAAAAGGAAGGAGUCAAACCAAAUCAAAUUACAUUUGUUGGAGUCCUCAAUGCAUGCAGUUAUGCUGGUCUUGUUGAAGAAGGGUGCCUGUAUUUCAACCAGAUGACAGAUUUAUUUGGAAUUAAACAGUUACCUGAACAUUAUUCUUGCAUGAUUGAUCUGCUUGGGAGAGCUGGGCAGCUGGAAAGGGCAUGCGAUCUCAUACAGGAAAAUGCUAGUGAAGAUGCCACAGCUUGGGGUUCUUUAUUAGCGGCUUGUAGAGUUCAUGGUAAUGUGGAACUAGGUGAGAUUGCAGCCAGACGUCUCUUUGAAAUAGACCCAAAAGAUUCUGCAAAUUAUGUUCUUUUGGCAAACACUUACGCAUCCAAUAACAGAUGGGAUGAUGUGGAAAAAGUCAAGAAGUUGAUGAAUGAAAGGAGAAUGAGAAAGUCUCCAGGUUGUAGUUGGAUUUAGAGAUA